GGGCGGAGAGCUGGAAAGUUCGCACUGUUUAUGCAGUUGUUAAACAAGGUUGUCAACAAGUUUCUUUUCACGACCUAACAGAAUAUGCUUUCCAGUAAAAGUGUAAUAAGAGCUUCAAGCGGAUUCUGGAUGAAGUCCCUUGGACAUCUUGUGGUUCUCUCCUCUCUGUGUCGUUUGAUAUCCGGAUACUCUGAGAGAGAGCAUAGGGUGCAUGACUUGAUGACCAAAUAUCCCCUUAUUGAUGGUCAUAAUGACCUAGCUCUCCGGCUCAGGAUACUUUACGACAAUCGACUGAGCCAAGUUGACCUACACAAUGUUAGCAAAGUGGCCACCGACAUCACCCGUCUCCAAGCAGGCCAUGUACAGGCACAGAUGUUUUCAGUCUAUGUGAUGUGUGGGGCCCAGCAGAAGGAUGCUGUGAGGCUGACUCUGGAACAAAUAGACGUGGUCAGACGCAUGUGCACUGAGCACGUGGACUUUGAACUGGUCACAUCAGCCAAGGAACUGAGGGAUUCUGAGAUGAGGCAUAAGAUUGCCUGUCUAAUAAGUAUUGAGGGGGGGCACUCCAUUGACAGCAGCCUGCCAGCCCUGCGGAUGUUUUACCAGCUCGGGGUGCGCUCCAUGGCCCUAACACAUACCUGCAAUACACCCUGGGCAGAAUCCUCCUCAAAACGUUAUGAUGUCUAUCAAAGACAGAACGACAGCCUGACACACUUUGGGAAGGCUGUGUUGGAUGAGAUGAACAGACUGGGAAUGAUAGUGGACCUUUCCCACACUUCUUUGGACACUGCCAAGGCCGCACUGAAUUAUUCCAAGGCUCCUGUUAUUUUUAGCCAUUCAUCUUCCUACUCCAUCUGCAGCAAUGACCGCAACGUACCUGACUGGCUGCUGCUUGAUCUGAAAAAGAACCAUGGGUUGAUCAUGGUGAAUCUCUACAGCAAAUUCAUAUCCUGCAGUGACGAAGCAAACAUCUCUCAUGUGGCUGACCAUUUUGAUCACAUUAAGAAGUUGAUUGGAGCUGAGUCGAUAGGAAUUGGUGGGGACUAUGAAGGCGCUGACGUCUUUCCUCAGGGGUUAGAGGAUGUGUCCAAGUAUCCCGCCCUAAUCCAGGAACUCCUGCAAAGGAACUGGACGGAGAAUGAGUUGGCUGAUGUCCUUCGAAAGAACUUCCUGCGUGUGUUCGAGGAGGUCGAGGGGGUCCGUGAACAGUUGAGAUUGAACAAGCCCAGUGAGGUCCAGAUCUCCCUACAGGAGGUGCAGAACCCAUGCAGGCUGGUCCUCAAACCUCCUAGACCAAAAGGUUCCUCUAACCAGGGUCCCUCCUCCAGAGCCCAGCAUGAACCAAAAGGUCCGCUAAUCCUGGCCACAGUUCUGCUGCUUUCCAGCCUACUUAUGAUGGAAUGAAUGUUUAGAAACUGUGUUCAGCUACACCCGACCAAGCAUCAUUUCUACUAUAAAUAAGGAGCGCUUAAUGAGAUUGCUGUAUCAAUUUAUGGGCCACCCAAGUACUCCAAAAGUCAGAAAAGAUAAGAGGAGAAUCACUUUGUUACCAUUAAUACAAAAAAAAGCAUUCAAUUUGUAGCCCUAUUUUGGAGGCCACUUGUGUAUAUGAAGUACAACUCCAUUUUAAUUUAGAGAAGAUCAAUCCCCAAGGCACUUUGCUAUUCUUUUUGAAAUGUAUUUAUUACAGAUUGAUUGUGUUAUACCUGUGCUGACAUAAUUGCUAUGAAAACAUGACACUGAUCAAUAAAAUUGCUGAG